AAUAUUGUGUUGAAUAUGCUAUGGACAAGGAGGCUCUGAGAGUCCAGAGGUCACUUUGCUUGUUGGUUUUGGGCUGGAGUGGGGGGAGAAGAGGGCUGUGUUUGGAUGUUUGUUUUUCCUGUGUUGUUUUGAGGCUGGAAAGGAUAGUGUUUAGUGGAUAUUUAUAGUAGAUUUGAGGCUUAAGUUGACUGCCUGCCUUCGUGUACAGUUUUGGGAUUUGGUUCCCUAAAGAGAGGGCUUAGUGUAUUUUUUGAAGAUUUAGCCUUCUUGAUCAGUAGGUGUUCUUGUGUUGUGCUUUUUAAAAUGUAUCAAAACCAGUUUAUCUUUAAAUGAUCUUUUUCUCUUUAAUUUUUUCAUUUGUCUUAUAUGUAGUCUGACUUCCUGUUGGAGCAGUAAUUUGUGAUCACACUGUGUGAUAUAAGAUGUCUUGCUAAUUAUAAAUGGGUUCCCAUGUUUUUUGUUGGAUGGAUUCCCCUAUUUCAGUUGCACUAGGUACCUUUUUGAGGGAUCCUAUGCCAUUAGCUGAGUUGCUGUUGCUGCUUCUACUGUUCUUCAGAAUCUUUCACAGUUCUUCACUGGUCAAAGUGAUGUUACUUCCUAUUUGGCUAUAAUAUUAGUCUGAGAACUAAUUAACUAUAAGUUAAGGAGCUGAGGAGGGGGUCGGACUCGAUGAUCUGUUGAGUUCCCUUCUGACCCUAACAUCUAUGAAUCUGUGUUGAUUCCUUCCCCAAUUUGGUCUUGUAUCUUUUGCUUAUAUGUUUCUGGAGGGGGGAUUUAUAACAGUUUUGUGUUUUGUAGCUGCUUACUGUUCCUUGGUUUGAUUUAUUCAGGUCCAAGACAAGUUGUCUGUGGUCUGACAUACAUUGACUGGAAUUUGACUGGACUGAGUUCAAGCAGGUGCAGAUGCAGUAAGCUGUGGAGUGGAGGCCAGACUUUCUACUGGAUAUGACUGAAGAUUUAAAAGACGAUGCCCUAUGGAUAUCCUGAUGACAUUUUGUGUACGGUGACAUGUUACAUGCUAUGGCAUCUGAGACUGAAAAGGCCCAUGCUCUUCUUCAAACUUUCAGCACAGCCUCAGUUAUUUCCAGUCUAGGACUAGGGUUUUUUUGUUUUGUAGUAGACCAACUUCAGCAGUUUUCUUAUAUUCAGCAAAAUGACUGGCUCCGAGCCCUCUCUGAUAAUGCAGUGCACGGUGUGGUGGGUAUGUGGUCCUGGGCAAUAGUGAUUGGACUCAGGAAGAAAAGUGAUUUUACUGAAGUCACUUUAGCUGGUUUCCUCUCUUCUGUCAUUGAUGUGGAUCACUUUUUUCUAGCUGGCACGCUCUCACUCAAGGCUGCAUUGACCCUUCCACGAAGACCAAUUCUUCAUUGUUCUACUGUGAUUCCUGUCAUGGCUCUGACGUUAAAGUUUAUUAUGCACCUUUUCAGGCUCAAGGACUCAUGGUGCUUUCUUCCUUGGAUGCUGUUUAUAUCCUGGACUUCUCACCAUGUUCGUGAUGGAAUUCGUCACGGCCUGUGGAUCUGUCCAUUUGGAAAAACUGCUCCCUUGCCAUACUGGCUGUAUGUAGCAAUUACUGCAUCUCUACCACAUCUGUGUUCAUUUAUUAUGUAUUUAACAGGUACCAGAGAGCUGAUGUCUAUAAAACAUGGAAUUCACAUUGAUGUCUAAGAAUGAUGGUCCAUGGGCGCUCACAGUGAGGUGUAUGUAUUAUUAAAAUGGAUCCCUGCACAUUCUUCACGACUUCGAGGUUAGGCAGCCUGAAGCUACAGAUCCAGUAUGGAUAUGUUGUAGUUGCAGAAAAAGCUAAUGUACGAAUGGUAGUGAUAUCCAGGCAUCCUCUUCAUAAAAUUGGUAAUCUUCCUGCUGGUUCCUUCAUAAUUUCUAAAAUGAUUGAUCAUUCUUAAAUAACUACAUUUUGUUUCUUCUGGUUCUACACUGCAGUAUUAUAGUGCUCUUCCUCUGGUCAUCCUCCACUUUUGAAAUUAUGCUUUUUCAGCAUUCCACUUUCUUUCUAGAAUUGGAUGACAUUUGUACAGCACUUUCAAGACGUAAAGCACUCUCAAAAUGUUAUGUUCAUAAAAAUUCAAUUCUAAGGAAUGUCCAAUUGCCAGGUUUUUAACCUUGUUUAUUUGCUUUAUUUGAAUCAAACUUUGUUGUGUUCAGCUAAUUAAAAUAAUAAUGCAGCUUGUAUUUCAAGAUGUACUACUGAUUAUCUGAAAACACUGUUAAGUUUGGACGAUAACCACUGAUUAUUACAAUAUUUAUUCUAAGUUCUGCUCUAGUCUAGUCUAGUUACCCAACUUUUCAGUUCCCAAACAAAUCCUGGCUAACAGUUGUGUUUAGAAAAGAGAGAGAGAUGUAUUUAAGAGUAUUAAGUGAUUACAAAAGUGUUCAUUUGUAUACGAAUAAAUUUUUGGAAUGUUAGUUUUUUUCAUUAAAGGAUUUUACCUAAUUUUUAAGCAGAUUUUGUUUGAAAUUAAAUCUGUUUGCUACAAUAAAAUAUGAGCUUUAAAAAUGUUUUAGUAAAGUCAUAAUAAAAUGAAAAUGGGAAAUGCACUACUGUAUUAAGAGUUUACCACUGUGUUUGCUACUGUAGCUACAAUGAUCAUAUUACCAUCUUUAGCUACAGCUCCUCACAUUACUGAUGUGUAAUUACUUUGCCCAGGUAAAAAAAAAUAUCUUUUUAAACUGAACCUUCCCUUUCCUUGUAACAGUAUAUUUAGCAGAAUUCACAUAUUUUGUUGGAAUCUGAUAGGGCCACGGCAUGAGUGCUUCUGCUGUGAUGUCCUCAAACUUGCAACUUCUGGGCUGUCAACUGUGCACCACCUCAGCCCCCUUAAACAAGAACUCACGAACAUGUUAGGUAUCCUUAUACCAUAAGCUAUUCGAAAUGAACCUUCCUUUUAGAAAAAUCUUACAGGAAAUCCCUCAAGCUGAUUUGUUUUCAGUUGCCUUGCAACUGAAAACAAACCUGAGAAAUAUUUAUAUAACCUGAGAAAUAUUUAUAUAAACCAACAGCUUUCAGUUAAUCGCAUAGGAACAAGGAGCCAGGUUCUAAACUUCUGUAAAACUGAUUUCAACUAGAGUGAUAUCAACUUACAGCACCUGAAAAUUUGGCACAAGAUGUUACCUUUGUGAAAGAGUAGUUGUAAAGUUGGAUUUGUUUGGAAUAAUAGUAACAAAGUACAUAAUGAGUAAAGGCACAUUUUUCAUAUUUUGUACAUUUUAGGGCAUUCUAAAAGUUCCACUUUGCAGCUGCUAGCUCACUGUGCUCAGGAAAUCUUGAGUUCAUUGCUGCUGUGAAGGUUGCCCCUUAUUCUGAAGUGUCAAUUUCCUCUCACUUUCUCUCAGAAAUAAAAGACUGAGCCUUACUUGAUUGUUAUAUAUAGUAUUUGGGCAUAAGAGAAUAAUUUUGACCUAUGAGCUUGUGAAGUGAGUGCCUUGCUUAGAAAGAAAAUGUGAAGGUGCAGAAAGGCCUGAAAAGAUUAAACUUAUUUUGAAAGAGUUAAGUUCUUUCCCAUUUACUGCCAGUAAAUGCUGUGCAGAAACCAACACUCCCAACUAUUUUAGUUAGAUGAUCCUUUAGGGGAGGAAUUAGAUAGACGCCCUACUACUACAAACAUUAAUAAACAAAAAGCUGUAACUCACUGGAAACUAAGCAUCUAUUUGUUUUCUCCUCUUAAAGUUUGUUUAAUGUUACAGACUACCAAAUACCAGUAAUUAAAAUCUAUGCAUAAGUAAUGAAAACUUGAAUGAGUAAAUCUAUAUAGAAGCUUUCUGCUCUUGCUUCUCAGUACAGAUAUUUGUACAUUUAUGAUAACGGUCUGAAUAUAAUGCACAGAAGUAAAACAGGCUUUCUACCAAAACAGUAAAGGAAAUAGAGUUUUAGAGAAAAUUACAUUUUGGGUGGAAUUAUAACAUUUUUGUGCGAAACAUGUUCCUGCCAAUUUUCCUUCAAGGAGCAGUACCGUUAAAAAGUCUGGGUUUCUAUUCAGUCUUUGUAGCAAAGGUGUCAUUCAGUCUAAAUGUAGUCAUUUUAAGAACAGUAUUUAUAAAACAUUUGUCUUCAGUGCUGGACCUUUACCUACAUAAAUUACAACAGCAAUUCAAGGCUGAUAUAAAAAGUUUUUGUUUUAUUCUAUUCUGUUUGUUCUUAUACUGUCCCUCAUCAUGCCAGGUGAUGAGCCACUGUCAGAAGCGAAUUAAGCAAAGUAACUGGCAUCUGUUACUGGUGGCUUUCUUUAAAAAUCGCAUGACAUUUUAUAUAAGCACUGUUAUUCACUUGUAUUAGCAAGAGCCGGCUUGAAGAGCUAGCUGCAAGCAAUUCUUGCACUGAGAACAAAAAGGGGUGAGUUUCUGGUGGUGCUUAGAUCCUGUUGGGAUUCAUUCCACAUUCUUGAACCAGUUCCAAGAAAGUUCCAUCUCCAGAAGAGAUGCAGGAGACCAGAGUUGUUAACUGCAUCAACAGUUCCUUCCGUAGAGGUUUUUAAAUCCGAGGUAGACAAAGCCUUGGCUGGGAUGAAAUAGUUGGGGAUGGUCCUGCUUUGAGCUGGGGGUUAGACUAGAUGACCUCCUGAGGUCCCUUCUAACCCUCAUUUUCUAUGAUUCUAACUCCACUCCUCCCCCCAGAGCUUUAGAAAACUUUUUUAGGUAUUUUGGGCCCAAGUCUUUGAGAUCUUUGAAAAUGAUUGAGACCUUGAGCAUGACACAGUGUUGCUUAGGUAGCCACUUUAGAGAGUAGAGAUCACAUUAAAUAUGUUUUUUGGCCUGUUACCAAGGACAAAAUUCCAUUAUGUUCUGUACUCCUUGUAGUUUUUGGUUUAUUAGUUCAUUUGGCAAUAUUUUGCUCUAAAAGUACCAAAUAUUUGAAUUUUACUGCACUCGUUGCAGAAAACAGGAAAUAUAAAUAAAUGUGAAGUGUGAAAAUAGCCCAAUAUGUACUGUAAAAUAUAUCACAAAACUAAGGUAAUAGUUUAAUUUAAACUGUAAAAUACUGACCACUGAAAAUAACAAGGGAAAAUCUAAUGUUCUUUAUACGUUAAUUGUAAAUACAGCUCCAGAUUGUGAAGCAAAAUGCAGUGUUCUUGAUUGUGCUUUUUAAAGUACAAAAUAUGUGUAGAUUCCCAAGUAAACUAUUUUAGGUUAUAAGCUGCCCUUCUUCCCCAUUUUGGUGAAUUGCUCUUCUGUUUAAAACAGAAUUCAUUUGAAUAAGUCCUAUUGUGUGAGAGAGAAAUUCAACUCUGUAAAGAUGAUAAAAAUUGUCUUAUUUAUCAGAUAGCCUUAAAACAAUUAAAUACACCCUCCCCCUUUAAAAAAAACAAACUUUCAUUCAACCAACUACUCUAUUUUAAAAUUGACUGAUAUUUUCCUUAUCACUAUUGAUACAAUUUUUGCUAUAAUGAAGUAUAAUACUAAUAUUUGUGUGCCUUAAAUCAAUCUGUGAUGAAUUGCUGAUAAUUCACUCAUCAUUGCCUUGCUCAAAGAUGUCUCUGCAUGGAGAUUGAAUUAUGUACUUGUUGGUUAUCAACGCAGAGGCACUGACCAAAGCAAAUGACAUUCCCUUUGGCUGUGGAAGAAAUGGUUUCCUCAGCUUUUCCCCUGGGAGGUUUGCUGUAUUGGGUUAAGCAAAGGAAAAAUGUUUAAUAUAGUCAUUUUAAAGAAAAUUUUAUUGUGUCCAGUUUAAAACUUGCAGUAUUUGUUUACAUUACAACCAGAGUCCAUUAAAUAAAGUAACAAACACAUCAUAGAAGGAGCCUUCUGUCAAGAGAAACUAAUUGAGCCAAGCUAUAGCCUUCCCUUUAAGCCAACUAUGUGUGUGGAGAGCCAAACUGUGGUAUGGUGUUACUUAAUCUUGGAUUUCAACUCAUGUGAUUAACAGGAAAUUUGGCUUUACAAGCCCAAAUCAUAUUCCUUUUUCAGAUAUAUUUUGUUGAAAAUUCACAGACAGUUUUGUCGCAUUAAUUUGUUGUGAAUUAAUCCCUGAAAUGUUUUGCAAGAUUCUUUCCCACUCACUCCUUUGCCUUAUUUAUUGCCCUCCACAAAAUCCUCUGUUGUCUUUGCUUCCUUUGUAUGAAGGAAAUCUGUAAUUAUAGGAAUUUCUUUUAAGAUUUAUGUGGCACCUGUCGGUUGUCUUCAAAUUAUGUUUUCAUUUGGACCAUAAGAGUUGACACUGUACUGUAAAAACACUUUUUAUUUUAUUAUAAUAUUAAAGUAACAUUAAA